CCCCUGACUGGUUAACGAAUAAGGGGCGACCCCUUCCUUGUUAGUACGACGCGCGACUCACGAAUCGGUGGCUAUCUCGUGCUUGUACACUGCGCUUGCCUGUCACUGUCACCGUUACUCAUAACGAGUACAUCUACAUUUGAAGCCCUUAUUUACCAGAACAGCCUAUCAGCAUCUUAUCCCUCUACUGUGCACUAGCGAAUAAGGAUGCGUUCCAAGUUCAAAGACGAGCACCCGUUUGAGAGGCGCAAGGCCGAAGCAGAGCGGAUCCGGCAGAAAUACCCGGAUCGGAUCCCUGUCAUAUGCGAAAGGGAGGACCGAACGGACGUACCUAUGAUCGAUAAGAAGAAGUAUCUUGUGCCCUCUGACCUCACAGUUGGGCAGUUUGUGUAUGUGAUCCGCAAGCGGAUCAAGCUCGAGCCAGAGAAGGCGAUCUUCAUCUUUGUCAAUGAGAUCCUGCCACCGACGGCGUCUCUCAUGAGUGCGAUAUACGAGGAGCACAAGGAUGAAGACAGCUUCUUAUAUGUCACAUACUCGGGGGAGAACACGUUUGGAGAGGAGAUGAGAUAUGAACCGUUGUGAUUGUUUGCUGUCUGUGACUGCAGUCUCUCUAGACUGGUGCUGCUCUCUUAAUGGCUGGUGUAAUGUAUCCUGCUGUCUGUCUAUCCUUCAUCCCUGUCCACUCUUUUCCGCAUACGAUCGCAUUACGACUCCACUUCCUUGUACUUUUACGAUUAAUGGGAUGCUAAUCC